AUGUCGUCCACGCGCGGUGGGACGCGACGGGGACGAACGCGCGGACGCGCGCGCGGGUGGGCGGUCGCGGCGUGCGCGCUCGCGCGGGCGACGACGGUCGAGGCGUACGCGCGCGCGCGGGACGUCGGAUACACCGCCGCGGGCGCGCCCAUGGCGGUGGACGUGCGAGGUGGGACGGGCUUGAUCGAUGUGUACGGGUUGAACUUUGCCCCCGGGACGUCGGCGGCGGUGAACGCGACGGGAGAGCUGAAGUGCGUCUUCGGCGGGUCGCCCGGGUGGUUGACCGAGGCGACGGCGGUGAACGACGCGACCGUGCGAUGCGACGCGCCGACGGCGGACGAGGGGUUCGUCGCGCUCGGUCUGAGCUCGAACGCGGGCGUGGACGCGAUCUUGUUUCACGAGCUCGGGAUGUCGAGCGUGGUGAACUUUGUGAAGGAGUUUGGCGGCGUGCUCACGCGCGCGACGCCGCGCGUGGCGUCGCAAGGGGACGUCGCGAUGCUCACUGGAAGGAACGCGGUGCCUCGAGACGGAAGGGCGGAUAUCGUCGGGAGCGCGCGCGAGUGCGAGUGGCGAGGGACGUCGACCGGGUCCUCGUUUGAGGUUUCGUACGUCGGGAUGGGCGUGCACGUGUCGAGCGCGCUCGUCGCGUGCGAGAUACCUCCGUUCGCCGCGUACGGUUCAGUCGCCGAGGAGCGCGCGAUGUACUCGGUAUCCGCGGAUUCGAGAGUGGCGCUCAUCGAGCGCGUGAACCUGGCGUCACUCGCGAUAUCGAGCUUGGAAACGCGCGCGAUAUCCGAGGAUGGCGGCGUCGCCUUGGAUAUCGCCGUCGCGGGAAGUUUAGGUUCGAUGUUCUUAGACGACGGCGCGCCGUACGUGCGUUUCGGUUCCAUUAGCGUCGCGGGAUCGGCGACGAGCGCGUACGUCGUCACGGCGAUAGCACCCGCGAUGGCACCGAGCGCGUCAACAAACGUUUGGGUCGCCGGUUUGCCUUCGAUGAAUUCGGGUCGCUCGGCGGACGGCGUCGCCGUGGAAGCGGUGGGUGAGUAUUACGGCGUCGUAUCGCGCGUCGAGAGUGGGGUUUUACCGGUGAACUAUUCGUGGAGCGUCGAUCCCUUGCCCACGGGUUUUUCGCGGAACAUCACGUGCGUCACCAUGGGCGUGGGCGAGACGUCGACGAGCGCGAACGGCGUUUGCGCCUCGAUGAAUCAGCUCGCGGGUGGGUUCGUGACGGUGAUGAUGUCAUACAACGGGCGCGAAUUGCCACUUUCCAGACCAUACGACAGUCAAGUCGUCGCAAAGGUGACGGCGAUGCCGGCACCGACGGGCGUGACGCCGGCGCGCGGACCGGCGGAGGGAGGCGCGGUGACGUGGGUCUCGGGUACGAAUCUCCAUGAAACCGUUCGUUCCACCGAUUCUUGGGCGCCGAGAUGCUCGUUCGGCGUAGAUACGAGCGGUAGCUCGCUCGGUGUGGUCGUUUCGUCCGCGUUGAUAGCUUGCGAGACGCCGCACGUGGGGACGUCGUCGUCGUCGACGCAAGUCGUCGUCGCGGGUAGUAGCGGCGCGGCGCAAAAUGACGGACCCAAGUACGCAUUCAUGGCGAACACGCUCGUGUACCAACAUUCAAUAGUUCCACACCUUGGUCCGACGUACGGGGGAACGCGCGUGGUGUUCACGCUCGGAAACGGUGUCGCGGCGACGUCGAUGACUUCGUGUAGAUUCGGGACCAUCGUCGUGAACGGUUGGACGCCACUCGUCUCAACCGACGCCGACGCCGACGCGGGUAUCGUUUGCGUUGCGCCUGCGAUGCCAGCGGGGGCGUAUAAACUCGGCUUGGGCACGGUUCGCGGAUCGGUCGGGGACUCCACGACGUCAGACGUAACGCUUGGGACGACGCCCUACGACGUGUACUCGGAGUACGUUUAA